AUGUCUUCGCAUAGCCCUAGCAAAGUCACAGACACAGACUCCCAGCCCAUCAUACCAUUCUCAGAACCGCCAUGGUUAGCCGGCCUUCCCACCGCAUACUACAAGCCUACCCACCGCAAGUUCCAGAAAGCAUGCCGCGCUUUCGUUGAGGAGCACCUGAUGCCUCAAGCCUUCGAGUGGGAGACGGCAGAGACAGUACCAGACCAUGUCUUCCCUCUCUUCGCCAAAGCCAAUAUGCUCAUUCCGAAUCUACCCGCCCCUUUGCCAGUACAAUGGCUGCAUCGAGUCGGUAUCAAGGAUAUCUUGGGCACACCGGUCGAAGAGUGGGAUUACCUUCACACCGCAAUCUAUCUAGAUGAGAUGGCAAGAACAGGUAUAUCAGGUCCAGGCUCUAGCAUGACGGCUGGCAUGGCAUUUGGCGUUCCUCCCGUAUUGAAGUUCGGCAGUGAGGAGCUAAAAGAGCGAUUUAUCCCUGAUGCGCUCCUCGGCAAGACGAAAUGGUGUAUCGCCAUCACAGAGCCCGGUGCCGGAAGUGACGUGGCCAACAUCGCGACUACAGCAAAAAAGAGCGACGAUGGCAAACACUACAUCAUCAACGGAGAGAAGAAAUGGAUAACCAACGGCUUCUGGUCAGAUUAUGCUGCAAUGGCAGUACGCACCGGCGGACCAGGAGCAAGUGGACUAAGCAUGCUCGUCUGCCCACUCAAGAACUUCCCUGGCGUCACCAUGCGACGGCUCAAGGUAUCGGGUCAAAUCGCUGCGGGCACGACAUACAUCGAGCUUGACGAAGUGAAAGUACCUGUUGAAAACCUGAUCGGAACAGAAGGGCAAGGAAUGAGAUAUGUCAUGACCAACUUCAACCACGAAAGACUCACGAUCGCUGUGGGUGUAGCUAGACAGAGUAGAGUGGCACUCUCCAGCGCUAUGGCGUACGUGCUGAAACGUGAGGCGUUCGGAAAAGCACUUAUCGAGCAGCCUGUCGUGCGGCAUAGACUGGCAAAAGCAGGUGCAGAGCUCGAGACACUACAGGCCUGGGUAGACCAAUUCGUGUACAUGAUGACGCAGCUCAAGAAGGAAGAUGCAGAUAUUAAACUUGGUGGCUUGACGGCACUGGCAAAAGCCAAGGCUGGCAUGGUAUUUAAAGAGUGUGCGGAGUGUGCUGUGUUGUUGUUCGGAGGUAAUGGGUAUACGAGAUCAGGUCAGGGCGAGAUUGCUGAGAAGACUUACCGCGAGGUAAUGGGUGCAAGGAUACCUGGAGGUAGUGAGGAUGUUAUGUUGGAUCUUGCUAUCAGACAGCUGGUGAAGAAUUACAAGAAUGCUACUCAAGCGCUGGAUAGACCGAGGGGGAGUAGCAAGCUGUAG